AUGCAAUGGCUACCUGUCUUUCCAUAUACACCCACCUCUGGCUUUAAGCCCGCUUCUGAAUCAAACAUGGAACGCCUUCCAAUGAAUGAGAACCCGGCCGGUGCCCACCAUGGCAAUGCGCCGCAGGGCUUCCCCCCGCAGAACAACACGCUCGGACCCAUGUCGCAAGGUCCCCCGCAAUUACCGCCGCAGAUGUUCACCACCGCUGCCCAGCUGUUGGAUUUGACUGAUAAGAAGCUAGUUCUAGUCCUUCGAGACGGGCGGAAGUUGAUCGGAGUUCUGAGAAGCUGGGAUCAGUUCGCAAACCUCGUCCUUCAGGAUACCAUUGAACGUCUAUAUGCUGGCAACGUCUACGCCGAUAUCCCGCGCGGUAUAUUUCUCGUUCGGGGUGAGAAUGUCUUGCUUCUUGGUGAAAUUGAUCUCGACAAAGAAGAUGACAUCCCCCCUCAUAUCCAGCGCGCGUCGGUCCAGGAAGUGUUUGAGCUGAAGAAGAAGGAAGACGGAGCCCGGAAAGUUGGCGACAAGAAGCGCCAUGGGAAGCUACAGACGCUGGGUUUUGAGCCGGAGCAUAGCGGAGAGAUACUGUUUUAG